AUGUCUUCUCUCUCUCGUCGUGCCUGCUACAAAUGUGGCAAUGUCGGCCACUAUGCUGAAGUUUGCUCCUCAUCCGAGCGCCUAUGCUACAACUGCAAGCAGCCUGGCCACGAGUCCAACGGCUGCCCCCUUCCUCGAACGACAGAGGCAAAACAGUGCUACCACUGCCAGGGUCUCGGUCACGUUCAAGCCGACUGCCCUACUCUGCGCCUUAGCGGCAGUGCUACCAGUGGACGCUGCUACAACUGCGGCCAGCCUGGUCAUCUGGCACGCGCGUGCCCUAAUCCGGUUGGCCCGAUGGGCCGUGGUGCUCCCAUGGGACGCGGCGGAUUUGCCGGCGGCUUCGCUGGACGCGGCGGGUUCUCUGGCGGUCCUCGUCCUGCUACCUGUUACAAGUGCGGUGGUCCCAACCACUUUGCUCGGGAUUGCCAGGCUCAGGCUAUGAAGUGCUACGCCUGCGGCAAGCUCGGUCACAUUUCUCGCGACUGUACCGCCCCGAACGGCGGCCCUCUGAACACUGCUGGCAAGACUUGCUACCAGUGCGGUGAGGCUGGUCACAUUUCUCGCGACUGCCCUCAGAAGAACGCUAGCGGUGAGAUCGCUCCCGAAGUCGAUAUGGGAAGCGUCCCUGCUGCUCAGGCACCGGUGGCUCCUAUUGCCCCCGUGGCUUAA